AUGGCUUCUGCUAGCCCCGAUACUGCAGCACUACCAAACGACCGGCCGGCUGCUGCGGCCAGAAUCAACUCACACGAUACGCCGCCGCCGAGCCGCAAGACGAGCGCCAGCACGCAGCUGCCGAAGCGCGCCCAUACCUUUCAGAAUGACGGCACCGUCCGCCCAGAUGCGUUUGAGACAUCACAGGACGCAGACGACCACGACGAGUCUGCCGACCAUGGAAGAGGCUCCGUCGACCUCGACGAGCUGCCCAUUGAGCUCGUCACCUUGACUGACAGUUUCAUCGAGUCGCUGAGCGCCAAGGUCCAUUCGACGCCGCCCAGCAUCACCAAGCUGUCCCAGCUCUUCCAAGACUUUUACGCCCUCUCCUCGUCCCACGUCCAAACCCACAUCAGCGCGCUCGCCACUCGACAACAGCGCCGCGGGCCCUCGCCGAGCCCCUCGUCCUCGUCCUCCCUCUCCUCCGCGGCUAGCCGCCUCCGCGCCCGCACCGCGUCGUUCAAGGCCACCAAGGACAGCAGCAAGUCCAGGGAGGAUGCGGAGCAGCAGCAAAUGAUCACCACAGAGGAGCUCGCCAACAGAAAAAAGGCGCGCAGGGCCCUCGAGGCCCAAAAGGGCCGCCUUGAAGAGGCAGUGGAGCGGCGUGUGUGCGAGGCCAUCUACGGCCGGAUAUACCGCCACCGGAGCACACAAGACGAGGCGCAGGACGACAAGCUGCGGUCAAAAACGGCCGCGUUGGCCCUGGUGAAUAUUGGCCUGACGGACCUCGGCAUCGAUCUCGGCCAAAACGACGACAAGAGGGACGGAGGGACGACAUUCCGCGACGAGGAGAUUCGACAAUAUCUCGAGUCCGCGCGAAAAGAACUCAUUGCUAUGACCGACUCACACUACCCCCUCGGAAAAAUCAACCACCUCAAGGCCGUGCACAAGAGCAUCGUCGAUACCCUCUCCCACUUCCAGCCCUCCGCAUCCGCCGACGAAAUCAUGCCCAUGCUCAUCUACACCCUCAUCACGCUGGCUCCCGAGCACCUACACGCCAUCAGCGACCUCCACUUCAUGCAGUCAUUUCGCUGGGAGCCUAAGCUCACCGGCGAGGCCGCCUACUGUCUGACCAACUUUGAAGCCGCCAUCAGCUUCCUCGAGACGGUCGACCUGUCGACCCUCCGCGACGACGAGCACCCAUCCGGCCCACCCAAGGGGUCCGCCGCCUCACCCGCCGCCGCCGCCGAAGCGACCAGGCCAGAGACCUUUCCGCCCGCCUACAACCAAGCCGGCGCCGCUUCCACCGAAGCCAGCCAAGAAACCGCCACCGCCGCCAGGCCGAGUGGCGGCGGGCUCACGGCCGCGGCGGUGCUGCGCAACCGGCGCCUCAGCGACCUCGUCAACACGCCCGCACAGGCCUUUGGCGCCGCCAGCGGCGCCGUCUUCAGCACCGCCGACCAGGGCCUCAAGACCAUUUCCAGCAGCCUCGGCGAGAGCUACUCGUUCCUCGUCGGCAAGCUGCGCCAGCAGGCCGCCGCCGAACCCAUUGCCGUGCCGCGCACCCUCGACGAUGCCCGCAAGCUCGUCACCACCCCGCCCCUCGGCGACGACGACGACGACACGGCCAGUCUUGACAGCGCCACCACCGCCACUCCCACAGACGACGGCAGCACCAAGCCAGUCGUCCCCCCCACCGGUCGCCGCGACUCGGUCCUCGCACUCAUCGGCGGCCGGCGCGAGCCCAGCGCCGACAGCACCCGCAGCCGCCGCAGCGCCAGCUCCCUAAAAAAAAGCACGCCGCCGCCGCCGCCCACGACCGUGGCCGGCGCCGCGCAGCAGCAAGGUGCCGCCAUGCUCGACCAGGUGCGCAACCUCGGCAGCAGCUUCAACCCCAUGGCGCGCCUACCCAGCAUGGGCUUUCGCGGGUUUGGCCGCCCCGCGGCUUCGACGCCGCCAGUAGUGGCAACCAAGGGCGAGGACGGCGGCGACUUGAGCGCAGCAUUUCCAGACCUCGCGGCCGCCCUGCCGCCCAAGCAGAUACCCCGGAUCGCGCCCCCCAACAAGCGCUUCAUGGAGAUUAGCACCCCAGGCGAGCUGCGCCUCGGCGAGGUGCUGGAUCUCCUGCGGGACUACCGGCGGUUGGCCGGGGCGUUGAAGAAUCUAGACGCGUUUGAAGAUUCGUAG